AUGGCUUCUGACGGUAUUACUGAAAUCGACUCUGGUUUGAUUGAAACAAACUACGAUAACGUCGUCUACUCUUUCGAUGACUUAAACUUAAAGAAAGAUAUCUUAAGAGGUAUCUAUGCUUACGGUUACGAAAACCCAUCUUCAAUUCAACAACGUGCUAUUUUACCAAUCACUGAAGCUCGUGAUGUUUUAGCUCAAGCUCAAUCAGGUACUGGUAAAACUGCUACUUUCACCAUUUCUGCUUUACAAAGAAUUGAUGAAAAUGAAAAAUCCACUCAAGCUUUAAUCUUAGCUCCAACUCGUGAAUUAGCUUUACAAAUUCAAAAAGUUGUUUUAGCUAUUGGUUUACAUUUAAACGUUACCGUUCAUGCUUCUAUUGGUGGUACUUCAACCAAAGAUGAUAUUGAUGCUUUAAGAGCUGGUGCCCAAAUUGUUGUUGGUACUCCAGGUCGUGUUUUCGAUAUGAUUGACAGACGUUUCUUCAAAACUGAUAAAGUUAAAAUGUUCAUUUUAGAUGAAGCUGAUGAAAUGUUAUCAUCAGGUUUCAAAGAACAAAUUUACAACAUUUUCCGUUUAUUACCAGAAACUACUCAAGUUGUUUUAUUAUCAGCUACUAUGCCACAAGAUGUUUUAGAAGUUACCACUAAAUUCAUGAGAAACCCAGUUAGAAUCUUGGUUAAAAAAGAUGAAUUAACUUUAGAAGGUAUUAAACAAUUCUUCAUUAACUUAGAAGAAGAAGAUUACAAAUUAGAUUGUUUGUUUGAUUUAUAUGAAUCUAUUGCUGUUACUCAAGCUGUUAUCUUCUGUAACACUAGAAGAAAAGUUGAAUUUUUAACUGAAAAAUUAACUGAAAACAAAUUCACUGUUUCAGCUAUCCACUCUGAAUUAUCACAACAAGAAAGAGAUACCAUUAUGAAUGAAUUCAGAACUGGUUCUUCAAGAAUUUUGAUCUCUACUGAUUUGUUAGCUCGUGGUAUUGAUGUCCAACAAGUUUCAUUAGUUAUCAACUACGAUUUACCAUCAAACAAAGAAAACUAUAUCCAUCGUAUUGGUAGAGGUGGUCGUUUUGGUAGAAAGGGUGUUGCUAUCAAUUUCGUUACUAACAAAGAUGUUGGUAUGAUGAGAGAAAUUGAAAGAUUCUACUCUACUCAAAUUGAAGAAUUACCAGAAAAUGUUGCUGAAAUCUUUGCUUAG